UGCGCAUGUGCAAACCUUCCCUUGCUUUCCUCAUCCAAGUAGCUUUGACUGAAACUGAGCCUCCCGCGCGAUCUCUGUGCGCCUGCGUAGUGUGACCGUGCGCAGCCCGGGAGGCGGGUCUUAGCUCCUAGGUGCGUAUGGCAGCUGAGGCGGCGAAACUUCGAGGUUUGGGGAGAGGGUGCCGGAUCCAGGUGUAGAAAGGGGAGGUAUCAAGGCGAGAAGAGCGGGUCCGGUCCUCUCCCGCCUGGAAAGUGGUUUCUGCCGGUCCCUGGGAACACCGGAGUAUCGGAUCUCGAUCCGUGGGGGCGGGGUCCUUGGAGGGGACGGAGCGACCCCUCUUGGGAACAGGCGGUCUAUUCGCAGGGACUGCUGUUGGAGUCUGAUUGGUUAGAGAGACAUUCCCUAAACCCCUGGGGAGCCCAACCCUUGGGGUUGGGGGAUCCCCAGUUCAGUACUCCUGCAUCUCCUAUCAUCGCAGGGCCCCUUCCCUAGUGACAUAUGUCCCUUGUCCGGGGCCAUGGAGACAUUGCAGCCACCACGGCGGCGCCUCUGUCUGAAGAAGGGGAAGUGACCUCCGGCCUCCAGGCUCUGGCCGUGGAGGAUACCGGAGGCCCCUCUGCUUCGGCCGAUCAAGCCGGGGAAGAGGGGGAAGGAGGCCGGGAGGAGACUGAGCAUGAGGGGUCCGGGGCCGAGGAGGUGCAGGGAGAAGCCCCCAGCACUGAGGGGGAAGAGCAUGCCAAGGGAGAAUCCGAGGACUGGUGCGUGCCCUGCAGCGAUGAAGAGGUGGAGCUGCCCGCGGAUGGGCAGUCCUGGAUGCCACCCCCCUCGGAAAUCCAAAGGCUCUAUGAACUGCUGGCUGCCCACGGCACUCUGGAGCUACAGGCUGAGAUCCUGCCCCGCCGGCCACCCACACCUGAGGCCCAGAGUGAAGAGGAGAGAUCCGAUGAGGAGCCAGAGACCAAAGAGGAGGAAGAGGAAAAACCGCACAUGCCCACAGAAUUUGACUUUGAUGAUGAGCCAAUGACACCAAAGGACUCCCUGAUUGACCGGAGACGCACCCCAGGAAGCUCAGCCCGGAGCCAGAAACGGGAAGCGCGCCUGGACAAGGUCCUCUCAGACAUGAAGCGACACAAGAAGCUGGAGGAGCAGAUCCUUCGUACUGGCAGGGACCUCUUCAGCCUGGACUCAGAGGAUGCCAGCCCCACCAGCCCCCCGCUCCGGUCCUCAGGAAGUAGUCUCUUCCCCCGGCAGCGGAAAUACUGAGCGCUGCUGCCCUUAGGGUGCAGAGCCUACUUGCCCUUCUUCCCUGACCCAGGCUGCUGGGAAACUUGGGAAGAGGAGAGACACUCCAAGCUCCCAACACAGCACCUUGCCAGAAAGAGGACAUACGUGUAUGUGUUUAUGUUUUCUAUUGAACAUCUCUUUGGAGACCUGGGCUAAAUUUUCUGAAUCUAAAAUAAAAAAUACCAAGUUAUCUUCUCUUAGAGGAGGGACUGCAGCUGGAACCGAAACAGCUGUGGAGAGGCAAAAUUGUACGCACCCAGAUUGGGAAAUUAAAGCCAGAUGGGGUAGAAGUGAACUCGGUCAGCACCUGCCCCCUGCCUCGGGCCGAGGACCCUCCCCAGUCUCAUGCCAGUGCUGCCAGCUGGCUCUGAGGUGGGAAUUCCUGCACUGAGUGAGCUGCAGUGCCUUCAGCUGCAGUAGAAGCAGCCCAGAGGAGAAAAAAACAAAACCAAACAAAUGAGAACCAGCUGCAAGGGCCCUUUAAAUGCCUAAGCCUCACCCCCUGAGUCUGCCCUGCCCUGCCGGGAAGUCAUCUCUAGGGCUGGGUGAAGGAGUUUCCUGAUCUGAGGACUCUGUUGCAGCCAGCCACACUUCUGGAUGUGAGUACUUCAUACAGGCCUCAAAGCCCCAAACCAGUUGGUGGGACCUUGUGUCCUUCAAGACCCUCUUUAGCUCUGUCCUGCCUUCUAGGGCUUGCUUCAUCUGGGGCAGGUGGUCUCUGAACCAGAACCGGGAGAAGAUGGGUGGAAGCUUAGCCUUGGGAGGCUUUGCUUUCCUUGGAGUUUUUUCUGGCUUCUGAAGUAAAGGUAGAUCAACUUGUCAUCUUGCCAACACCCUCACCCCUCCUAAUCUCAGGCCUCUCUGACCUUAAGCUCCCCCAUCAGCAGUAGGGGCAGAGGAAACUUAAGGGGUCCAUUUAGAUUCCCUCCUGGAGUGAGAUUGGUCCCUGCUAGACUCCCCCUGGGGACCUGAGCUCUGGCCUGUCCCUUUGAGCUUUGAAAAUGUGACUUGUCCCCGUUGAGAUUCCUCAACUCUGCAGACAUCGAGGCUUUCCUAUUACCCCACUCAGGGCUAUGCCCGCUGGUAAUAGGCUGUGCCACUCAGGGCCUUGCUGAUCAUUUGAGAAAUCAUCGGCAGAGUAAUCUUAAGGUAGGCUUGAUUUCCAGAGGCAUGGAGUUUGGUGAGCAAGGCUCUUUUUCUUUUUUUUUCUUUUUGGGACUGGGAAGUGAAAACAGGAAGCUCUCUUGGACCCACUGUGCUUCUAAGAUUCUGGGGAUCUUAGCAGCAUGGAGGGUUGGGGGAUAGUAGUAGAGGCAGGUGUGCCCUGUUUUCUCUGCUCCGUGUCUGGGUGGGCUCCUAGAUAUUAUGGGGAGAAAGGCUGGCUGUCACGGGUGCCAACUGACUGCCAGAAACUUCUGCCUGUUUCCACCCUUGGCACACAGUAUACUCUGCCUCCCCUGAGGGUGAGGCCUUCUGGACAGGGCAGCUCUCUAAAGCCAUGGGCACGUAGGGGCAGCCACCUUGAAUGGCUGGCCCAGGGAAAGCCAGAGAGCUCUAAGGUUACUCUGGCCUCCUUGUUGGGUGCUACUCUCCUAGGUUACCGAAAAUACCUUUGAACUGCAGUGGCACUAUCUCCUAGAGAGUACCCAGCUCCUCCCAGGUCCGUAAGUCCUUGUUCUAGUUUAGAAUCUUAUUGCCAUUUUUGCCGGAGACCACACUACUUCUUGGUUUGGGGGCUCUGCGGUCAUGAUACCUGAGGUGGAAUUCCAGCUCCGUCCUUUGAUCAUUGUGUGAUCCUGAGCAAAUUCCUUAAUUUGUAGGUUCUUAUGGGGAUGAAAUGAGUUAAUUAAAAGCAUUUAACACAA